CUCCACUUGCAGCCACUUCAUUGGUGCGCUGCGCUGGGGCUGCGACGGUUUAUGUGAUUCUUCGGGUCGCGGUGGCUUAGUCUUCCAUUAACUCCAGCUCCUCUCGUCACUGAGAAGGUUUGCAGUGCGUUAUAAAUGUUCUUCCUGGAGGAGGGGUAUACCCUGUGGAGUGAGUUAUCGGGCUGGAGGCCGCUGCUGCUCGUCAUGUUGCUGGUGGUCGGGGCCUUUAUCGUUGCCUUCAUCCUGCUGCUGUACAUGGUGUCGCCGCUGAUCAGCCCCAAGCCGCUGAAACUCAGCGGCUCGCACGUUGUGGUGACUGGAGGGUCAAGUGGCAUUGGCAAAUGCAUUGCAAUUGAAUGCUUCAAGCAAGGUGCUUUUAUAACCUUGGUGGCUCGGGAUGAGACUAAACUUCUGCGGGCAAAAAAGGAAAUUGAGAAGCAUUCAAUUAAUGAUAAACAGGUGGUAUUGUGCAUAUCGGUUGAUGUCUCAAAAGACUAUGGACAAGUGCAGAGUGUGAUAAAGCAAGCACAUGAAAAGCUAGGACCAGUGGACAUGCUGAUAAACUGUGCUGGAACAUCAGUUGCAGCAAAGUUUGAAGAUGUUGAUGUAGGCUUUUUCAGAAGGUUAAUGGAGAUCAAUUAUCUGGGGAGUGUUUAUCCAACACGGGCUGUCAUUCACACUAUGAAAGAAAGAAGGAUGGGAAGGAUAGUGUUUGUAUCAUCUCAAGCAGGUCAAGUGGGGUUAUUUGGAUACACAGCUUAUUCUCCAUCCAAAUUUGCUCUUCGUGGAUUAGCUGAAUCAUUGCAAAUGGAGGUGAAGCCAUAUAAUAUCUACAUUACUGUUGCUUACCCUCCUGACACAGACACACCUGGAUUUCAGGAAGAGAAUAAAGGCAAGCCUUUAGAGACCCAGAUGAUUUCUGAAACUUCAGGGUUAUGUCAGCCAGACCAAGUGGCAAAAAACAUUGUAAAAGAUGCUGUGCAAGGGAACUUUAACAGCUCAUUUGGUUCUGAUGGAUACAUGUUAUCUUCUCUCACCUGUGGUAUGUCUCCUGUCACCACUAUUACAGAAGGUCUUCAGCAGAUUUUUACAAUGGGCCUAUUCCGUACAAUUGCUCUAUUUUAUUUGGGAAGUUUUGACAGUAUUGUACGCCGCUGUAUGAUGCAAAAAGGAAAGUCUGAAGAUUUGGAAAAGAAGGAUUGACCUCCAUUUGAUUUGGAGCACAGGGAUCAGCCCAGGGAAGUUGAACGACUGAAGAUGUUUCGGUGAACAAUAAUUUUGGGUUUGUCUCAAUGGAACCGGGCAUUGGUUGCGGAUGAUGGAAGAAUAAUCCCACAAAAUAAAGUUAAUAUAAUAG